CCUAGCCGCCAUGACAGCUGAUGCUUCUUGGACGAAUUGACGUUUCAUCAGAACAUGUCAUUUUGUAAUUUUAAUUUCAACAAAUGGCAGACUCUUUUUUCGGUUUCGACACUACGAUUUUAGAUGGUUUAGAAGAUGGCCUUGAUUGUCCUUUGGAAGAAGAAGAUUUUGGUGAGGAGGAAUAUGAUGCAUUAAACGAUGAAACUUUUGGUUCAGAAGCUACCAUUGGAGAUUGGGAACAAGAUCAUGAGAAACUUGCAGAAAUUGCAGAGUCUAGUAGGCCGCAGCAUAAAAGUGUUCCGGAUAAAAAGAAUGGUAUCAGUGUUAACAUCGAAGAUAGUUUAUCGCAUUUAGUAUUAGAUGAAAAAGAAGGAAUUGUACCUAAACCAGGUGUAUGGGAUAGUCCUAGUAUUAUACCAUUACCUAAACCUYUACCACCUCCUUCUUUAGCAACUACCUUAAAAAAUGUAUGUACAGUGGAAGAAUUGGAAAGAGGUCUUAUCGCUAAUAGACCUCCACCCGGUCUUAUAAAACCAGCUCAAACUCAAAUACAACAACAAAAGACCGAUGGGUCAUUUAUUUUUGAUGCUUUGUCAGUAAAUGACAAACUUCAAAUCAAUGGCUUACCUCCCACUCGAUUUCCACCAGGAUUGAGCUUACCUGGCCCACAUCCCAUUAUGUUGCCGCCAAAUUUAAGAUUACCACAUUCACCACAAUACAUCCAACAUCCUAGAUUAUUAUCUAAUCAGCCUAAUAGUGUAAUGCGAUAUCCACUACCACAACAUGUUAUGCUACCGCCCGGAUUACAAAGACAGCCAAUUCAUGGACCAUUUACAAGCAAUUUUCAUCAUCCGCCUCAUCCUAAUAUAGGACCUCCACUAUUUCUUCGUCAAGAUCAUCCAAUGAUGCCUCCGUUUCCAAAUCAAGUUGGUCAACAACAUUCAUUUCCACAUCCUGUAAAUCAAAGGAACCAAAAUAGAUUAUUUUAUUCCAAUGAACAAGCGAAUCAUCAGCCAUUUUUUAAGAAUAAUCAAUAUCCUCCUCGUAAUCAUGAUAGAAAUAAUCAAAGAUAUUAUCAUUAUCAACAUCAUAAUCAUCCUCAAGGAAUAAAUGGCGUUAAUAAUUCUGGAGAAUAUGACGAAUAUGCUGGUCUUAUGAGUAGUAGAGAAAAACAGUGGUUAAUCAAUAUUCAAUUGCUCCAGUUAAAUACGAAUCAACCAUACGUUGAUGAUUAUUAUUAUACGGUAUUUUGUGAUAGACAAAAUAAGCUAAAUGCUAAUCAAGAACAGAAAGAUAAAAAACAUAAUAACAAUAACGGAUUUCAAAAAGAAUCUAGAAAUCGCGAUCAACAACCUCAACAUGUUGCAUCAAAAGUUGUAUAUAUUCCAGCACAGUUUGAGAAUUCAUUAGGGAAGCUGCAAUUCAGUAGUGUUACAGCACCUCGUAAAAUUAUUGAUAUGGAUGUUGUUCCCAAUAGUGAUCCACAUUCAACUUUACAAUCUCAACAAAAAGAUACUAAAAAGAUGAGACAAUUGUUCCUUGAAAUUGAAAGGAUGUAUACAAUACUGUUAAAAAUUGAAGAUAUAAAUAAUCCUUUGGCUAUGCUUUCGGAACAACAGCAACAAGAAAGUGAAACAGAAACGAAUACUGUUAAAAAAACAGGUGCUGAAUUAAUUUCUAUGAUGUGGACAUCCAUUUCUCAGUUAAUACAAGAUGACAAAAUAGCCAGUAUGCUUAGUAUUCGUAAAGGCAAGACACUGCUAUUGAGAUUUUUACCUUUAAUAAAUGUAAUCGAAUGUAGCAACCAAUUGGAAAAUUUAUGGACCUGUAUAUUAAGAAGUUUAGCAAUUAUUGGUCGUAGAGAUUCACAUUUAUUGACAAAUUUUUAUCCCGAGUUUCGAAGGUGGCUUGAUAGUGUACAGAAUUUUAAUACAUUACUUCGAUUAACAAGAGCGUUAUCUGAAACAGCUAAUCAACCUAUGAAAAAUAAUAGUUUAGUUUUUGCUCUUGUAAACAAGUUUGGUGUAUCUGUAUUAGCCGCAUUUUUGGAACAUGCAGAAAAGUUAAAUCCUAUAAAUGAAGCUUUACCUUCUGAUUGGUCCAAUUUUAUAAUAACUCUUGUUGAACUAAUUGGUGAUACACCACCUUGUGUAGCUCCCUGUCAACCAGUUGCUGCAAGUACACUUAAUCAACACUUGAGACGGAUUUUAGGUUUAAGAAUUGACAGGUACAGGGCGUUAGAACUUUUGUUAACUGAUGCCAACCCUUCACGAUAGUGAGAUAUUACUUAUUUUUGACAAUUCUUUAAAAAUUUGUUUUUUAAAAUGCAAAAAGUAACAACAUGGACUUGCAAAAUAUUUUAUUAUUCUAGUUAGUAAUCUUAUUAAAGGCUCAAUUACCUCUCUAUAAAUAUAUUCGAAAACAAAAAACAAAAAAAAAAGAAAGGAGAAAAACAUAAUAAUACUGGAUACUAUAGUUUUACAUGAUAGAGAACACAAUUUUAUAUGGAAAAUAUAUUAUACGUCGUAUAACAAUUUAAACAUUUGUUAU